GGAGAGAAGGAGACCAUGCAAAACCUUAAUGUCCGACUGGCUUCCUACUUGGACAAAGUCAAGGCCCUGGAAAAUGCUAACGCUGACCUUGAAGCCAAGAUCAAGGAGUGGUACAUCAAGCACCAGUCGAAGACAAUCCCGGGGGAUUAUAGCAAAUAUUUCGCUAUAAUUGAAGACCUCAAAAAAAGGAUUUUAGCAGAAGGCACUGAAAAUGCCAGAGUUGUUCUUCAGAUUGACAAUGCCAAGUUAGCAGCAGAAGACUUCAGAAUGAAGUACGAGAAUGAGGCCUCCAUUCAUCAGACCGUUGAAUCAGAUAUCUGUGGUCUAAGAAGAGUAUUGGAUGACUUAAACUUUACUAAAGCCAACCUUACAUCCCAGCUUGAAAGCCUGAAGGAAGAGAUUGAUUGUCUGAAGAAGAACCACGAAGAGGAAAUGAAGGCAUUGAGAGGACAGAAGGGGGAUAUUAAUGUGGAGAUGGAUGCAGCUCCAGGAAUCGAUCUUAGCAGACUCCUGAGCGACAUGAGAUCUCAGUAUGAAGAAAUUGCUGAACAGAAUAGGAGAAAAGCUGAAGAGUGGUUCAAUGAAAAGAGUGCCGAACUGAACAGAGAGAUUUCCCAUAGCAGCGAAAAGGUUGAGUCCCACAAAUCCCAACUUACAGAACUGAAACGCACAGCGCAAGAGUUGGAGAUUGAGCUUCAAGCACAGUUCGCCCUGAAAUCAUCGCUGGAGUGCUCCCUGUCUGAGACAGAGUGUUGCUACAGUACACAGUUGGCACAACUGCAGAGUUAUGUAGGAAAUAUUGAAGAACAGUUGAGUCAGGUCCGCAGUGAUCUGGAAAGGCAGAACACAGAAUACACAGUCCUUCUAGACAUCAAGACCCGGCUGGAAAGGGAGAUUGAGACUUACCGCAGACUACUUGAUGGAGAAUCAUGGCAACACAAAGAACCAGUCCCCGUGAAAGAGGCAAACAAAACCAGGAAAGUCACAACUAUCGUAGAAGAAGUGGUCAACGGCAAGGUUGUGUCGCAGAAGGUGAAAGCAACAGAGGAGAAGCUGAACAUGUAGCCAACUACAGACCUAUAAAUCAAACAUCUGUGCCAAUAUUUGAUAAUGACAUGAUCUGCACAUGCUUUUGUAAUACAGUUAAUCCAUGCAGGAAGCUGGGUGCAUCUAUAUCUAUAUUCUAU